UUGAAGGUUGGUUUCUGCCGCACGACUGGUUCGUCGACAGCUUCUAUUUAAUCCCUAUCAAACAAAACUUGUACACCAUGUCGAAGAGAGCCGCCGACGUUUCCGAUGAGCAAUCCGCCGCUCUUAAGGCAGGAGAGCGCCCGAUGACCGAAGCCCCUCCAGACGAGGUGGGGGAAUUCGAGGACGAGUUCGAGGACGAAUUCGAGAGCGAAGAUGAGAUCCUCGAGGCCGGUGUGGACGGCCGUCCUGAUGCGGAGCGGGAAGAGGAAGAAAAGGAUGCGAUGGAGGUCGACCAGCAGACUUUCAUUCCCGGAAGAACGAAACUCGCUCCCGGAGAGGUGCUUUCGCCAGACCCUUCUACGUAUAAUAUGCUACACACCCUCACAACACCCUGGCCCUGUCUUUCCUUCGAUAUUGUCCGCGAUAAUCUGGGCGACAACCGCAAGACUUUCCCCGCGACCGUCUACGCAGUAACUGGUACACAGGCAGAGGGACGUCGAUCAAAGGAAAACGAGCUCAUGGUCCUGAAGAUGAGUGGAUUGAGCAAGAUGGAGAAGGAGAAUGAUACCGACUCGGAGAGUGACUCGGAUGACGAUGACGACAUGGGAGAACCUAUUCUCGAGCACAAGAGUAUCCCCUUGGGAUCGACAACCAACCGGAUCCGUUGCCAUCAAACCCCCUCGUCCUCUGGAGAUUAUUCCAAGCCUCCACAAACCCUCACUGCUACCAUGCUGGAAAACUCGCAGGUGGUCAUCCACGACGUCACCCCUCAUCUGACGAGCUUCGAUGUUCCCGGCACCGUUCUCCCUCCUUCCGCCUCGAAACCUCUCUCUACUCUUCGCAUGCACAAAUCCGAGGGUUACGCACUGGAUUGGUCUCCUCUGCAACCACUGGGCAAAUUGUUGACCGGUGACAACGAUGGUUUGAUCUACGUUACGACGCGCACCGAAGGUGGCGGUUGGGUUACUGAUACGCGGCCCUUCACUGGACACGCUUCGUCGGUCGAAGAACUGCAAUGGUCUCCUAAUGAGCGGAAUGUCUUCGCUUCCGCUAGCAGUGACGGUAGUGUGAAGGUGUGGGAUGUCCGGUCUAAGUCCCGCAAGCCCGCUGUGGAUGUGAAGGUUUCCAACACGGACGUUAAUGUCAUGACAUGGUCGAACCAGACGUUCCACCUUCUCGCUACUGGUGCCGACGAUGGCCAAUGGGGCGUCUGGGAUCUGAGACACUGGAAGCCGAAUGCCUCGGCGCCGUCAUCCCAGAUCACCGCAUCACCUGUCGCCGCCUUCGACUUCCACAAGGAGCCUGUCACCAGUAUCGAAUGGCACCCCACCGAUGACAGUGUGGUGGCCGUUGGUUCGGCCGACAACACCGUAACUCUGUGGGAUUUGGCCGUCGAACUUGAUGAGGAGGAGAGCCGGGAAGCCGGUCUGGCAGACAUUCCGCCUCAAUUGUUGUUUGUGCAUUACAUGGAGUCGGUCAAGGAAAUCCACUGGCAGGCCCAGAUGCCCGGUACUAUCAUGGCUACUGGCGCUGCUGGAUUCGGAGUAUUCAAGACGAUCAGUGUUUAAAAAGAUAAAAGUGCGAUUCCGAGAUAUACGCCCCACGACUUGCCGUUCUCAUACCUUUUAUACCAUUUGUUUGAUGGAAGUUCAUUUAAAGUUCUCAGGGAAAUAGAAGUCAAUGAAUCUGAUGACAUUGUGAUAUUAUGCAAGACAUGACCGCACAAAUCAUGGGUGAUGAUGACUACUAGUGUAUUGAGUCGGGAGCCUGAUUCGGUUUUGAGCGACAGUUUUAGUGUUGUGCUCAGGGCGCCUCGUGACGAUCCGUAUGUCGGCAAAUGAUUGUCAAAUGCCGUCGGGGUGUAAGCGAGCAGGUGACCAGUCCUGAUUUGUCGUAGAUUGACCCAGCUAAUGCGAGAUGCAUACACACUGUGGCAAGGAAAACGAAAUUCUUAUAGAAGUCAAAAUUGUCUAUGGAUGCUCCUUUUGCGACGUGAAAGCAUGCAGCAGAGAGAC